AUGUGGGCAACCACGACGGGAUGGGGCGGUCGGCACGACGGCGAGGACGGGUUCCUCGACCAAGGAUGUAGGAUGGGAAGUUGGAAAGUUUUUGGGGCGAGGGAAGGUGAAAAUGAAAAUGUUGUGACAUCGAAGAAGGGCCAUGGAGGACGACGUGGGCAUCCGUGGCUUAUCCGCGCGAACCCAAAUUCAAACCAAAUUUGGAUUUGGCGUGCGGCGCUCGGCGCGCACUAUAAAUCCAACGCCUCUUCCACGCGUCCUUCUACCGCUCCCACGCGCCCCUCGCCUCGCCACGCGCCCUCUGCUGCUAUCUCUCUUGCCUCGCCGCCGCCGCGCCACCGUGAAACUUCGAGCUACCGCGGCAUCCGCGCGCGUCCCUCCGACACCUUCUAUGCCGAGAUCCGCUCCGGCGACAUGCGCCUCGGCUUCGGCACGUUCAACAGCUUAGAUGAGGUUGCCCGCGCGUACGACGCUGCGGCGUGGCACCUCGACCGGCCUCGUAGGGACAUGAAUUUCCUCGAGGUGAUGAUGCGGGAGUGGGCGCAGCGGCUCGCGUCUCCCCCUCGGGUUGUCACCGAAGAGGACCGUCGCCAAAACCGGAGGCGGGAGCGCCGCCUCGGCAUCGCUGAGAUGGACGAACAUGCCAUGGCGGAGUGGCACUAACAGUUCCCGUAGGACGUCCUCGACGAGCGUGCAUUCUUCGCGCAAAGGAGGGUGAAGAAGAGGACGAAGCAAGUCGCCUAUCGUGAGGACAGACGUACGCGGAAGCAAGCCACAUUAAUGUGUAUCGCGCACUCUAAAUUUUAA